CAGAUAGCAAAAGUAAAAGUAGACAUUAUACACCGAUUGAAAAAAGUUUAUUUUUACAAAUAUUAAAUAAAUAUAAACAUGUUAUUGAAUGUAAGAAAAGUAAUAUCAGUAUACUUCGGGAGAAAGAAAGUGCGUGGAAUGAUAUUUGUGAAGAAUUUAACAACUCUUCAUUGAUUACGCAAGAGAGAAGUGUACAGCAGUUAAAGAAGCUAUGGACCAACAUAAAGCAAACUCAAAGAGAUGUUAUAACAAAGGAAAAACAAAAUAGAUUUGCCACAGGUGGAGGACCAGAAACACCCUCCACAGAACUGGAUCCAGAUGUUGCUUCAAUAGUACCUUCUUUAAUGGCCACAGCUCCUACACUAUUUUCGUCAAAUAUGGAUGAUAAAGAAGUAGAAGAUCGAAAACAACUGGUGCACAAUAUUAUGGAUGACAUGGCAGAAAAUGAAUUAGAUGACAAUAUGAAAGACAAUAAUAAGGAGAACGAUUCAAUAAAAAUUUUAUGUGAAAGUAAUACAUCAAGUCCCAAAGAAAUUAUAGCUGAUAUGAUGCUGCCAGUUGAAAAUAAAAGGACUUGGGCUUUGAAAAAGUCCAAGUUCGUAGAAAAGGAAAACGAAAUUACAAUUGAUAUGACAGGUGAAACUAACAAGACUGUGAAAAAGCGCAAGUUUACAGAAACGGAAGACGAAGUAAAAAUUAUAAGAAUAAAAAAUAUAAUAGAACAAGAACGACAAAUGGCAGAAGCAAAAUUGAGACAUGAAGAAACAAUGGCUACUAUUAAAGAAACUCAUUUGAAAGAAAUGAAUAAAGUAGAGCUUAGAACAUCAUUAGCAAAAGCAGAAUUAGCUGAAAUUCUGCUAAAAAAAGAAAAAGAUUACACACUCAGAUUGUAAUAGAUUUUACUAUACUAUAUAUAUUUUUAUUUUACUACCUAUAUUAUGCAAUAUAA